CCGUCGCAGGUUUUGGGGUCGCCGUCGCCGUGCUUUCUUUUUUUCCCCACACGGCCAGGCUUUUGGCUUGUGCCUCGGUCGGCCGCGCGCAGAACAAGAGCUACUGACAUCAGCGCUCCCCAAAGACCCGAGGCAAACGGCCCGUGGCCUGUCUCUCUUUAUAUCUGGCCCGCCUUCUCCGGAAACCGUCCAUUUGCUUUGAUCUCUCUUCUUCUCAUUCUCCCCGCAUUCUACGUUUUCCAUCUCCAAAACACCCCGUCUUCUUCAUACCCUUUUCACAUUCCCACACACAUAUUCACAAUGGGUGCUCUCGACAGAAUUUCUCAGAUUGGUGGCCAGAUCUCUGGCAACCCUACCGCCGGCGGUAAGGAGAGAAUCCUCCAGAAGCGUCCUGACGAUGUCGUCAUCACCGCUGCUUGCCGCUCUGCCUUCACCCGUGGUGGCAAGGGCGCCUUCAAGGACACCCAGGCUGCCGACCUCAUGGCUGGUAUCCUCAAGGCCGUCAUCGACCGAUCCAAGAUCAACCCCGCCCUCGUUGAGGACAUCUGCGUCGGCACUGUCCUCGCCCCCGGCGGUGGUGCCACCGAGAUGCGCGCUGCCAGUUUGUUCGCCGGCUUCCCCGAGUCCACUGCCGUCCGCACCCUCAACCGUCAGUGCUCUUCUGGUCUCCAGGCCUGCAUCGACAUUGCCAACCAGAUCAAGACUGGCAUGAUUGACAUUGGUAUCGGCGCCGGUGUCGAGAGCAUGAGCUUGCAGUACGGCCCCAACGCCGUCACCGAGUUCUCCGAGACCAUGGAGACCAACCAGGAGUCUGCCAACUGCAAGGUACCCAUGGGCAAGCUCUCCGAGGACAUGGCCCAGGACCUCAAGAUCUCCCGUGCCGAGCAGGAUGCUUUCGCCGCCUCCUCUUACCAGAAGGCCCUCAAGGCCCAGCAGGAGGGUCUCUUCGACGCCGAGAUUGCCCCCCUCAAGGUCAAGUACGAGGACCUCAAGACCGGUGAGGUCAAGGAGGUUGUUGUCAGCAAGGACGAGGGUGUCCGCGCCGGCAUCACCGCCGAGUCUCUCGGCAAGAUCCGCCCUGCCUUUGCUGCUGACGGCUCCAUCCACGCCGGUAACGCUAGUCAGAUCUCCGACGGUGCUGCCGCCGUCCUCCUCAUGCGCCGUGAUGUUGCCGAGAAGCUCGGCCAGCAGAUCAUUGGCAAGUACGUCUGCGGCGCCGUCGUUGGUGUCAAGCCCCUCCUCAUGGGCCAGGGUCCCUGGAAGGCUAUCCCCAAGGCCCUUGACCUCGCCGGCAUCCACCGCGACGACGUCGACAUCUACGAGAUCAACGAGGCCUUUGCCAGCCAGUGCCUCUGGUCCGCCAACGAGCUUGGCAUCCCCCACGAGAAGAUCAACCCCAAGGGUGGUGCCAUUGCCCUCGGCCACCCUCUCGGCUGCACUGGUGCCCGCCAGAUCUCUACUCUCCUCUACGAGCUUAAGCGCACUGGCAAGCAGAUUGGCAGCACCUCCAUGUGUGUCGGUACCGGCAUGGGUAUGGCCUCUAUCAUUGUCGCCGAGUAAAGCUCAGCUGUUAGGCUAUGACGAUGAAGAGUGAUAGUUUUUUUUUUCCUUUGUUUAGAGUACCGGGAAACGAGCUUGAUAUACCAAAAUGCGACCCUAACGGAUGGAUAGAACGGGGUCCUGUACGACUACGCAUAUAUAUACACAAUUUUAUGUUAUGACAAAUCAAAAAAUAAUUUUGAUACAAGUGCUGUUGAUAUUGAUCUGCUAAAGCUAAUGGCUAUGUUAGAAGUCAAUAUGCGGAGAAUGAUGAAAAAAUUGGGCAACGCGACCUCUCAUCUAUGAAUCUCAGCCAGCAGGAAUCCAUUCUUAAUGUUUAUACAACGUAAAGCGUUUUCGAUUACGGGCAAAGAAUCUCAUUGACACUACAAUACUUUCCAAUUUAGAUCCUUCCUUGGGUCAGGUAGCUCUUUAGGUUUAGUUUUCGUCUCGGAACCUAUCACAAGAAAGAUUCCUAUUGUAACAAGAUUAUCCUCCCCGGCAGAGUCGCUCGCAGACUGACCUAUCCCUCCUCGUAAUACAAAUCCUCGAAUUGCAUGCUUGUAACAACUUUCCCCAGGCAUGUUCGAGGUGACCUUGGCGUCCAUCGUAACAACGAAGUGGAUCUUAAAUUCUCUGGAACUCACCCAUUUGUACAUCUCGAAUGGCUUUAGACCGUCAGUUUGAUGCUUGUCACCGCACUCUCGAGCUCUCAAGUUGUCGGUAUUUUCCAAGGCGCUUGGCAUGAAACCCAAUUACUUGGCAUUGUACAUCUUCCUCCAAUACCUGCGGAAUACCUUGCAGUUGACUGGAAGCUAAAACGCAGGCCUCUUUUAUAGAGACGGUACCGUCUUCCUUGACCUUCCACGAUUCAAGGGAGGCAUGGGUGACCCACGGCAAUUCUGACAACUCGGGCCAUGCAUCCGCAUAUUUGUGUCCUGUGGAGUGGAAGGGUAUUAACGAGCCUCGGAUGUCGUUGAAAGCCAAAUAGACCCCGGCUUUAUCUUGUCCGUCCUCAGUGCAGAAAUCCCAUCCCGAAAUUUGGAAGGCGUCUCCAUCGUCACUCCAGAAGCUUUUCCAGUAUCGUGAGAAAAAGCUCGCUUGGUCGAUAUCGCGUACUUCUCGAACAAAUUCUGGUGGAUACUUUCCUAGAACCAGGCCAUUGGGAACAAUAGCAGGAUUUUUGAGCUCAGGGCCAGUUUUGUACCACUUUGUAGCCCCGAUGGCAGACAUUAUGGCUUCGGCCCUGUUGCUUGUACACUGCCGUCUAUUGCCGAGCAUGAGAAUAUCUGUUCUGGACAGCUCCAGUAGGCUCAUAAAGCCCGUGGACAUGGCCCAACGCUUCAACUCUUCGUACAGCCGCGAUAUUUGCUCAGGUAAGUCUUCGAUUGAACAAUGGCGGUCAAACAUGAGGUAAGUACUGAUUAACCCGAUUAGUGGGAUAAAAGUGUCUUUGGACACAAGAUGUUCGGAAAGGGCAGUUUCUUCUUGGGCUUGAUUCCCGUUGGCUGGCUGAAUAGCAAGAAUAUUGCACGCGGCCGACGCGAAAAGCAUAUCUGGCCGUAAACAAGACUCCUUUAAAGUCCACAAGGAAGUGAACCAAGGAUUUGCAGGCUUAUACUUGUUACCUCCCUUCAUCAUCGCAACCACUAUUGGUUUCGGAGGGGGUCGUAACUUAUUCAUUUCUUGUUGUUCCUCGUCUGAAAGAAGAAAAAUGGGCUCCUUGCUGGCAAUAGCAGCAGCCAACGUGACUUUGAGUUCGGGAAUCUCGGCUUUCAUUUGUCUUGAUUUUUCGUGCGGCUCUAGCAAAGAUAGAGAGCCAUGAAAGAGAAGAAGUGGCCAAUCGGAGAUAUAUCGCUACGAUCAUGCAGCCACGCGACUGCAUGCCGUGCAUUGCGAAAGAUCUCUGCUUGUCGGGCAAUUUUAUUGGACUACAUUUGUUGAUCUUCUUUAGUGAGUUCUUUAAACUCCUCUCCCUUGCCCUGUGGAAUGCAAACGAGGUCAAACCAAACAUGUUUGACUUGUAACUGGUCUGCCAACUUUUUCAAGCUCGAUUCAAGAGACUUGACCUCCCACUUGGAGUUUUUAGGAAUCUUCCAUCGACACCCGGGAAUCUCUAUUCUCUCCUUGGUCCUCCAUCUACCCCCAGUAUGGCUGACUGCGAUGUAAUCUGGUCGGUUGCCACGCAUAGUGUAAGUGUUUGUUUGCUACCCUUUGUCAACGUUCCAUAAUACACUCGGCCACCUCGUAUAGUCUUUAGAAGUAGCCAUGGAUGUUUGGUAAUUCGAUUCAUUGAGCCAUGGGCAGAUUUCGAUUCUAGGCCCUGCUUCAAAAGACGUUUUGGGCUUGUAGCUCCCCAAAUCUUCUUGCGCGCUACCAUGGAGCUUCUGAUUAUCAGUAAAGGGGAGGCUUGGAGCUGCAUUCUUGCUAUAAACCAGCCAGCCAGCAGACUGAGUGUAUGCCUGGAGUGCGGCGUCCUUGCGUGUUUGUUUCAAUUGGAAACCCAGCCCUUGGUCAAUAUACGUAUCCAAGUGAUUGAAUUCGAGUAUCCAUAGUUUUGAAAGCGUUGUGGUGUAUAUGUAUUUUUUCUUUGAUGGAUCACUAUUCGAUUCCGGACUAUUGUCGUCAAGUCUUCCGUCUCCAGGCUCUCUUUGUAGAAUGCGUAGAUGUUUAGAGAGGCAGCUCAAUAGCUUCACCAUCUCACUGGGGCGUAGUCCUUCAGAGUCUUUGGCCUACCAUCCUUUUAAGAUUUCCUGACAUUAGGAAAAAAAGUUGUAGAUAUGAGCUGGAUUUGAAUAUGCGGCCGUAGACCACUCUUUGAGUAGAAUGAAAGAGUGUUGCAUUUCUCUUGGCAAAAUACCUAAUCCACGAGUGUGUACAAGAUGCCAACGCCGAUAAAAAUUGGCCAGAGCUCUUGAGACAUCCUUUGCCUCGUCUCGCGCCUCAUCUGUUGUGAGUAUCUCCCUCGGCUGAUUUG